AUGGAAUCUGGAUACCUCGUCUUCGAGGCAACAGCCAAGUUUGUUGUGUCCGCAGAUAGCACACGCAUAUACACCGAUGCUGUGGGACAUCCGUUUAAUCCUCCAAUUGUCUUCAUCCACGGCUAUUCACUUAGCUCUAUCGUCUAUGAUAAUAUUUUUACUAAUCCCGUUAGAUUAGAUAUGCGAGGCCACGGCAGAAGUGACAAGCCAGAGGACGAAGCAGAUUGGACUCCAAAGAAAUUCGCGGAGGAUUUUGAUUCUGUGGUAGCUGCUUAUCAGCUGUGCAAACCAUUUAUCGUAGCAUGGAGCUGUGGAGGGACCAUGAUCGCCGAUAUAUUUGGUUUCCACUCGCACGCAUAUGUUACAGGUAUUGUUUACAUCACGCCCAUCCCUUUCAUUGGAUUUUUCCAACAUAUCGCCACUCAAUAUGCGCGUGAUCUACUCCCAAAGUUAUUGCAGACAAUGGACAUCAAUGCUUUUCAACGGGGUGCACAUGACUUCGUAAAGGGCCUCGUUGCCGCUCAAAACCUGGCAAAUCCCGCAGCCUUCCCCCCUCGUUUGCAGUACGCUUGUUUGGGUGACAUCAUGUCACAGCCUCGCAGUUGCUCAACAUUUGCAUUGACGAGAACGCAACAUGAAGCGGGAUUGCUUCGUGCGGGGGAGGAGGGUGUUCCGACGUUAUUGAUCAACGGUAAACUUGAUAUCUUGUUGAUGGGACAACCACUGUUGGGUUUGUUCAGCAAUUGGAAGAAUUUGGACGUGGUUGAUAUGCACACGGGCCACAUGCCUUGGUGGGAAGCGCCCGAGGUAUUUAAUGAUACAGUGUUAGGUUGGAUUUCAAGAGUACUUGAUGAAGAAAUGGAGCGGUAG